GAUUCGGGACGCCAGGAAGAACAGAGAGUGUGCGCCUCUCGAUGAAUGAAACUAAACCGCAAACUUCAUUCAUUCAUUCAACUUCUCGACGAAAACUGACAGUGUUCGCCCAGCAUUACAUGUUAAGUCGCUCGACCAGGUGUACGUGUGCAUGUUUGCUACUGUAGCUGGAAAUAUUUGCUCGAGAAGUGUGCGUGCGCUUGUCUGUGCGCGUGCAUAUCAACUCCAGCUGCAGCCGAGUGCGUGCGUGUGCCUGCGUGCGUGUACAUGUGUGUGAGGAGCCCGUGUGAGCCAUGUCAGUGUCAGUGAUCAUAAAGUGGGGAGGUCAGGAGUACUCCAUCAGUUCUCUGUCAGAGGAGGACACAGUGAUGGACCUGAAACAGUCCAUUAAGACCUUGACUGGGGUGCUGCCAGAAAGACAGAAACUACUGGGACUCAAGGUCAAAGGUAAACCUGCAGAAGAUGAAGUGAAGCUGGGAUCUCUGAAACUGAAGCCUAACACUAAGAUCAUGAUGAUGGGCACUAGAGAGGAGAGCCUGGAAGAUGUUUUAGCCCCUCCCCCAGAGAAUGACGAUGUGGUCAAUGAUUUUGACAUUGAGGAGGAGGUCAUUGAGGUGGAGAACAGAGAGGAGAACCUGGCUAAAAUUGCCCGCAGAGUGAAAGACUACAAGGUGGAGGAGCUGAACCCUCCCAGAGAAGGCAAGAGACUUCUGGUACUGGAUGUGGACUACACACUGUUUGAUCACAAGUCAUGUGCAGAGACGGGUCAGGAGCUGAUGAGACCAUACCUUCAUGAGUUUCUGACGUCAGCCUACGAGGACUAUGACAUUGUCAUCUGGUCUGCUACAAGUAUGAAGUGGAUUGAUGCCAAAAUGAAAGAGCUGGGAGUAACAGACAACCCCAACUACAAGAUUACCUUCAUGUUGGACAGCGCAGCCAUGAUCACAGUACACACCCCUAAGAGAGGGGUUGUAGAGGUGAAGCCCUUGGGAGUGAUAUGGGGGAAGUACGGAGAAUUUUACAAUAGGAAGAACACCAUUAUGUUUGACGACAUUGGACGAAACUUCCUCAUGAACCCACAGAAUGGACUGAAGAUUCGACCGUUCACGAGGGCCCAUCUUAACAGGGAGAAGGACAGGGAGCUGUAUAAACUAGCUCAAUACCUCAAAGAGAUUGCCAAGCUGGACGACUUCACUGGACUAAACCACAAACACUGGGAGAGGUACCUAUCCAAGAGGCAGCACCACUAAGGAGGGACUCCAUCCUCAACAGAGACUUGGGCUGGAUGCCACACCAUCCCUUCAUCCAGUACUGGCACACACACACACACAGACUUGACUAUUGCAAGUCUUUCAUUUCAAACAACUUACGCUACAAAACCUACACUAAUCCUGCAGCUACCAACAUUGAAAAGCUCAGGACCGAGAUGGGCUUCCCGAUUUAUAUAUUUGCAUGUUAUCUGUCUCUCCUGGAUCUUGGUCAUUUUUGUUCUAAAUAUUGUUUGCGUUUACUAAUAACAAUGGCAGUUACUGCGUGAUAACCAUAUGUAUGGUUAAAAAAAAAAAAAAUACAUGCCACAAGCCACCAUGACACACAAACUCCUACUUCGGUCAGGUGUUUAAAAUACAUCUUCAAGUCCACAGUUAAAUGGUACCUGAAAAUAUAAUAAUUGUGUUAUAAUACGCAAUAAUCCUCAAAGCUAACAUGAGAUUAAAAGCUGUUGAGAGCAAGACUGGUUGUAGCUAAAUUUUCAUCAGAACCACUGACUGUCGUGCAUGUUUUGGUGGAAAACAUCUGUCGUUUGUUGUUACCUGUCUGGAGGGGUCACCGGACACAGGCCUGUGGGCUGGAUGUUGAACAUGUACAUAAUGUACACACAAGAUGGUCAAGCUUCCAGACAGGUCUGUCUGCAUAUUUAACCAGAAUUGUUUUUGUGGUUGUGUUUACACAUCUAAUGUUAUGCCCCGACUCUGCUGCAUUGCUGGAUGUACACACACUGAGAUCCAUGCAAAGAAUGAGUUCUCUUUUGUUUUCUUUGGUUUUUUAAAUGCAAAAUGUACUAGUCUGUUUUGUUUAGAGCCUCUAUUGAACUGUUUUGGUACAUCCAAAUGUUGAUGAACAAAGUGAGGAUGAGGGAUUAUGGUGAAACAGACAGCACAAAACAUGCAUUUAAUUUUUUAUUUGUUAUUUUUUGUAGCCUCUGAAAUGUGUCUGCACUAAUUGUCAGCAUUUCUUUUAAGUUAUAGAUAAAGAGGGGCAAGUGUUGGGGAAAGGAAGAAGUGUUAGGCUACCUGAAGCUCUUGGAAACAUGGAUGUGAUUUUUUCCCCAAUUUUUUCAGUCUGGUUUACAGCUCUAUUGGACAUUUCAAUGCCUUUUCAUUUCUUGAGAUCUACCUUUUUGUGUUUUCUUCAUCACAUCCCUGACGUCCUGGCUGUAAAUAUGACAAUAAACCUUUUUUUGUACCUAAACUGUUGUUGUUAAAAUUAGUUACCACUUCACUUGAAAUAAAUUUGAGGUGUUAUACAUAAAACCACACGGAGAAUUAUCAUGUUCAUCAAUUUAUUAUGAAAUGUUUAACAUUUUAGUAACAAAGGUCAUAAAGGGAUCAUAUUACAAAUAAUUGUUUCAACAAUAUACAGUAUAUCUGUAGAAUAAAUGGUCAAUAAAUACUGUACAGGAAUACACUCACUCCCAAAGCACAGCACGUGUUUCUGUAGUUUGCUCCAAAAAAUAUGUAUAAAAACUAGAAAAAAUGGGCUUUAGAAAAAAGUUUUCCUCUUAUUUUCUUCCUUUUUUCAUGGCGGCAGUCCAGUGGAAAA